CAUUUGAUUCCAUGCCUGAGACAAAAAGUCAAACCCCAGAUAUUGGAACCAGUGCACCAGAUUCUCUAUGCAACUUUGUACUGCCUGAUGAGGUCGGUGGUGUAGAUGGUCAAAGAGAUUUUACUCCAGAUGUGUUUACCCCUCCUUGUUCGAACCCAAGUUCAGGAAGUGCUUCGAUGGAGAGUAGUGUCCCUGCGUGGCUAGCGCAGGUGAAAUACUUUUUUUUUUUUUUUUUAACUGGUAUUUAAACAACAUUAUAACUUUCUCAAAGUCAACUUUGCUAUGAAGCAGGUUCAAUUUAAUUGUGUAUUUUCCUGAUGGGCUGUUGUAGAUUAAAUAAGACACGUCCUAUCAUAGUAUAAUGCAUACUGAGACUUACGGAAAGCGCACUUUUGCAUUUGCCGGCCCAACACUUUGGAACGCCCUUCCAGUGGCUCUCAGAAACAGCCAGACACUGGAGUCCUUUAAAACCGAUUUAAAAACACAUUUAUUUUGCAAACACCUUCUGGGGUGAUGCUAUCUACCAUCUUUUUUCUGUUAAUGUAUAUUGGCUUGUGUUGCUUAUGGUUGAAAUGGAAUGAAAGACUUUGACUUGGUAUGCUCGUGUGUGUAUUUUAUAUUGUUGCGUCUGUUUUUUAAAUGUGGUAAAUUUUAGAUUGUUUUUAUUUCUAUUUUUAAUAUGGUUGACUUAGUACAGGCUUCAAGCUUUUGGGGAUGAAGCGUAUUUUUCAAAUAAACUUUAUUAUUAUUAUUAUUAUUAUUAUUUAGCCAUAAAAUCAAUUGGGCACCAAUAUUUUGUUAGAUAAUUUAAGAUUUUUGUUGAAUAGCAUUUAUUUCAAAAUAUGAAAAAAAACUGACUCAACACUCUCGUAAAAUUUUUGGAAAAUUUUGCAAAUUUUAUAUUUUGUAUUAAUCUACCAACCUAUUUUUUUGUUAUAAAAUAUGUGUAUUCAUAUGGCUAGAUGCUAUUUUCUUUCCAAAUAAUGAUGCAUUUGAGUGUGCUACAUCAGGGUCUCUACAUUUUUUAGUCCUUGGAACCUUUAAGUCAGAUGAAGGUCAUGUACCCCUUCUUAGAAAUUUUUAAAAUGCAUUUAAAUAAUUAAGAAAGGAAUUACAGCUCAUCAACCCUUGACACAAUUAGAAACAGAUGCCCAAGGGGUCCAUGGACAUGUACCACUGGUUAAGAAUCCCUGCUCUCGAUGUUAUUAGCUCUAAAAGAAACAAUUUUACCAAGGUCAGUCUACAGAAUGGUUUCAGCAACUGUGCAACAUUACACCUUUGAAAUGAUUCAGUUAAAAUAGUAUAACAAAAAAACAAAACUGAGUUGUUGUAUUUAUAAAUCUAUCUUACUUUUCAGGAGCUUCAAGAUGCAGAUUUUAUUCCCAUGCCAACCCCGUCACCAAAGGUGUGUGACAAGUCCAUGUUACCUCCUUUGCAAGUUCAUAAUGUCUUACCUGGCACGACAGUAGCACCUAAUUUAAAAGGUGCUGAUUUGAGACUUUAUAUUCCUUCAAAUGAGGUAAUCACACAAAAAAACAACUAACUUUUAGCAUAUACCCAAGUCCCGUUGAAUAAUUUAUCUCAUUAGUUAAAUAAAUAACUCCAUUUCAGUAUUUUUUUUUUUGGUUUUUGUUCUUUUCCCCCCCCCCCCCCAGCCAGCAGAAUCAAUGCAUUUUUUUAUCCACCUCUUUUACUGACAUGAAAAUGAGUGAGGGGUAGACACUUAAAUAAUUUAUGAGUAGUUUUUAAAGAAAAGUUGAGUAAAACUCUUAGGCUCUUAUUACUCAAUUUUAGUGCAAACAUUUUUUUUCAGACUCUUAUAUUCAAUUGUAGGGUGGACAUUUUGUCCUGAAAAGGACCAGAGGAUAUAUAUUUAUGACUUUGCUGUAGCUUUUUUUGUUUUUUUAUAUCCUUUAUAUUAUCUUCACUUUUGUUAUUGUGUUUCUUUCUGGCUGGGUGGCAAAAUCUUGGGAUGGAUAACUGACCCACUUCCUGUCAACCUAUGGAGCUGAAAUUUGGCACAUAGACUCCUUGCUGAUGACAAUACAUACCCUAAACACCCCCCCCCCAACUCCAAAAAAUUAGUUUACCCUGUUUUUCAAGGGGAAGAUUAAGGAAAUAUGAUGUCACUGAUUUCAUGAAAUUAAAUUCCUGAUAAUUGCACUAAAUGAGAUUCGUAAAAAUAUCACAAGUGCAUUUGGUAUGAUAUAUUUUCUUUGGUUUUUGUGAAAUAGUUGGUGAAAUAAAUCUGCGAUGUAAAGCGGGUGGAACAUUGAAAGAUUAAUUUAAAAUAAAAGAAUUAAAAAAAGGAUUUAUAUGAAAACUUUUUUUUUUUGGGAGGGUUGUUUAAUUUGAAAAUAUUUCUCUUGUUUGUUUUUAAAAAAAUAUAUAUUAGUAUUUUAAGCUGGAGUUAACUUAUCUUUUGAGUAUUUCUCUUUUUAUUUUAUUUUUAAAAACAACACGACAGCUUCAUUGAAUUCCUUUUAAUUGACACUCAUUAACACAUCAAUUACCGUAUUUUACGGACUAUAAGACGCACUUUUUUCUUUGAAAAUUUGCCUCCAUAAUUCAAGUGUGUCUUACACUUGAAAUUAAUAUAAAAAUGGUAAAAGUGUUAUUUUAACAAAAAAAAUUGCUUAAAAAUGAAGGUGCGUCUUAUAGUCUGUGGCAUCUUAUAAUCUGUAAAAUACGGUAUACCUUGAGAAAAGAACUGAAAACAUGUUGCAUAGAGGAAAUCAGUUCCUAGUGUUAAAAAGAAAAAUGACUGCAUUACUUAUCACAGAAAAAAACCCCCAAAAAACCCCACCUCUGCUCCUUUUUUCAGUUGGAAAAUAUUGCUCUGUUGAAUGCACGAAUUGUGAGACUAGAGGAAGAGAAUCAAGAGGUAUGAAACCUUCUUGUUGAUCUGCUAAUAUUAAGACUUUUUUUUUUGUUUCAAAAUGUAAAGAUGAAGUAGUGAGAUAAAAGGAGGGCCAUAUAAAUAAAUAAGAGGAUAUUUUUAUUACAAAUUAUUAUUUUCUUAUAUAUAUAUAUAUAUAUAUAUAUAUAUAUAUAUAUAUAUAUAUAUAUAUAUAUAUAUUAUAUAUACUUCAACAUACUGUUCUUUUCUGAAUGAAGUUUGUCUUUUUUAUACAGUUAAGCUGCUUUGGAUUUUUCAGUGACACUGUUAUGUGCACACAAAAAUCUAUCUUGAUAUAAAAAUAAUAUAUUUAAUAACAGCUUAAAUUUCCUGCCAAAGGAUCAAAUGUUUAAGCACUUAUGUUUAGCUUGCAGAAUUUAUUUAAUUCAAAAAGUAAAUUCAUCAAAGUAAAAAACAACAACAUUAUUUGUUUAAAAAUCUUUUACUAAUCAUUUCUGUAAUCCCCAGCUUAAAAGAACAGUUGCUGAACAAGCCAGGACUAUUCACAACUUACAACAGCAACUUUCUUGACAUCUUGAGAAUGACACACCAAUUAACUCUUUGAAAAAAAAAAGCAUGGUUAAACUUACUUAAAAUAUUCAAAAGGAAGAAGUCAUCAGCUUCUGACCCCGAAAUGAACAAAAGUAUGUUAACCCUACGUUUUGGUUGGACUGGGAUUGUCCUGGUUUAGCCAUGAAGCCCUGCC